GCUGCUUUCAGCACAGAUCUCCGUCAUUCAUCUGUUUGCCUUGCCUACAGAACCAAGGCAUUGUCAGCAUCAAAAUAACUUCUCCUUGUCAAGUAUUUGUGUGGAAAAGCCUCUCUAGUCUCAUAUGUGGCCCAGGUUUGCCGUCGGUGCGAGACUGUCACCGACUAAUGAGAAUUCUUACUCCUCCAUGAGCAUGUGUUCAAAGUGUUUGAGUUUAACAGGCUGGAAAUAACUAUGCCACAUCAAAUCCCUUCAAGAGUUUCUUAAAAUCACAUUUGAUUAUAGCCAGACUUAUAUACAGCUUUUAUUGUAAACCGCUUUGAAUGGACAAAAUUGAAGCUGAAGUUGAAAUGGAACACUUUGUCAGGGCCACUUUUGUUGGCAAAUUGCAGAUCUUACCAUCUUUAUCACUGUUGGUCUCCCUCUUUUUAUUCAUCUUUUAAAGGGUAAAAGUUUUUUUCUAUUUCCAUGUGUUUUGUUAGAUACAAACAAUAAAUUAUGCUCUCUUUGUCAUUCAAAUGCUAACCAUGAAAUAAUGGUUCUGAGUGGACCAAAGCAUGUUUGAGAACUUCAACACUGUGGAACAGCCGAAGCUGAACUCUCGUCUGGCAGACACCUCUGCCCUGGCAGGAUCCAAGACAGGAGGCAGCCAGCACCUAAAAAAUGCCCUGAACUUGGGCAAAGCCAUGGGAGCAAAGGUAAAUGACCUGCUCCGCCGAAAAGAUCCCAACAGCCUCGGAGACAUCGGAGUCACAGAGGUGAAUAAGAACGUGGAGCCAGUGUGGUCCAGCAUGACUGAGAUGGGCCAUAGCACAUCAAGAAACAGUCGCAUCUCCCUGGAUUCCUUCCCUCGGCUAGAUCCCCCACCUCCCACGGGUAAAAAGCGUCUCCCACGGGCCUUGAAGACCACCCAGGACAUGAUGAUAUCCUCUGACCCUGUGGUAGCCUCCCCAGAAUCCUCCUUCGUCUCCUCACCUGACAAAAUCUCCAAAGAUAAAGCUGAGCUUCAGCCUGAACCAAGCCCUGAAGAGUCUGGCAUAGAGAAACCUUCAGAGCCCGGUGACUGUGUAAGCAGCCAGAUGGAGAAGACCAGUUUAGAACUAAACAAGAAGCCCACAGCUGUGGUGACGGAUGUGGAUCAAUCACAGCUGCUGCUCUCUGUUCCAGAUCUCAUUCACAAAGACAGUCUAGACCCAAAGAAACUCACCAGCUCAGAAACUAGAAUGGCUUCCACCCCAUGUCCAGGGAAAGGGGGCUGCCACAUCAGCGUCACUGAGGGGGGAUUGUUGGGGAAUGGCACAGUGGAUUACGGGACCCUUAACUUGGAGAACGAAGAGUCCCACCCUGACCUGCUGUCAUUUGAACAGGCUUGAGACCCUCAAGCGCAUUCAUUCUCCAGGCUUCCACAAUGACAACAGAGAGGCUUGAAUCAGUCAUUUAAACUGCAUUCAAUCUGCAUUUCAUAUUUUGCCUUUAUAGCAAAGUACCACUGACUGUACUUAGUUAUUUUGUAGAGAUA